AUGUCUUCCCAAUCUGAAUUGACUUGGGCUCAAAGAGCUUCACGUCAAAAGGUGGGUCGAUUUCUCCAACCCAACAAGCGACGAUUGGACAAUCCAACUGAUGUACCACUGGUGGGUACUGUUCUCUAUGAAGAUAACGACCUAAAGGGUCAAAUUUUGGCAAGCAAGGCUAUGGCGAUUAUUCAGCAAUCCCUUUCUUCUGGUUCUGUUCUGUUCACGUUUCAGAAAACUUUGUUUCCUGAUCGUGUUGCCGCUUACAAAGUGAUUCAGGAUCAAAUCUCACCUGACGUGGAAUUUCGACCUCUUAGUUUGUAUGAUUCUCGUGCUGAUGGUUCUCUGCUGAUUGAAGCCAGGUUUGCUCAGGUGGAGCAUGCACAACUGGCUAUGCGUGAAGGGGUGACUGUACAAGGUGUAGUGUACAAAGCGUCUACCUCCAAGGAAAGUGCUGAAUUUGGGGAUGUCAAGCAUGUGCGGUUUACACUUAUGCGUAUGGUGGACAAGACCACUUUUUUGUCGGAUCUUAUGGAGUCCUUGUCGUACUUUGGUAAGGUACUGCAAGUGAAGAAGUUUACUCACCGUGGUUACUUUGAGGGUAAACUUUCGGUGAUUUUGGAUACUUCUGUUGGAUUUCAGGUAGGGGAUGAGUGGCAGGAGGCCAAGCCCCUAGAUAGAAUGCUCUAUCUGAGCGAAUUUGACUGUUUUGUGCCAGCGACUUAUCAAGGUGCUCCACCUGUUUGUCAUUUCUGUCAACACAGCGGUCAUGUUCGCGCCAAAUGUCCUGAAUUGGCUAGACGUCGUUGCUUUAGGUGCAAUAAGCAAGGGCACAUGUUACGUUUUUGUCCUGAAAAGGAGGUUCAGUCUGCAAAUUUCACCAAGAAGCACAAAGUUCACCAUCAUUCUGAGGAUUCUGAGGAUGUCACUCUGGCUCGUAAGAACACUGUGGAAUUGAUGGAGUAUAUUGAGAAGGAAAAAUUAGGCGUAGGUAAGGAGGUGGAGAAGGUAGAAGAAGAAGAACUCGACUAUCGUGUAGUCGAGGAUGAAUCUCUUCAGGGUGAAAGUGUUGACGAAUCUGAAAAUGAUGAGUCCACUGGUAACGAGGAUUUGGAUCUUCUGAGUGAAGAUAACCACCAGGUAAGUAUGAAUGAGGAUGAGGACAUGGAGGACGACAAGAUUGUGUUUGCUGGAGCUCCCAAGAAGCUGGAUACCGUGUGUGGAAUACAUCCACUAUGA